AUGAGUGACAAACCACCGAUACAGCGAAAAUCCUCCCUGAGCAUCAAUGAUGCGCGCAUCGCUGGAUUAUAUGAUCUUCAGAAAACUAUUGGCAAGGGACAUUUCGCUGUGGUAAAAUCGGCCAAUCAUGUGUUUACAGGUGAAAAGGUCGCAGUGAAGGUGAUCGACAAAACAAAAUUUGAUUCUUCUAUGGCUUCUCAUUUAAUAAAAGAAGCAAGCAAUGAAGAUUUUGUUCGCUGCAUGAAAUUAGUGCAACAUCCAAACAUAGUUCGCUUAUACGAAGUUAUCGAUACACAGACGAAACUGUUUCUAAUUCUCGAGCUAGGAGAUUAUGAUAUGUACGAUUUUAUCAUGAAGAACGCUGAUAAGGGUUGUCCCGAAAGUGAAGCCCAACAGUACUUUUGUCAAAUCAUUAAAGCAAUUGAGUAUUGUCAUGAGUUACAUGUUGUUCAUCGAGAUUUGAAGCCCGAGAAUGUUGUGUUCUUCGAACGUUUGGGCAUGGUGAAAUUGACAGAUUUCGGAUUCAGCAAUAAAUUCAUACCUGGAGAACAACUUGAAACUUCAUGUGGUAGCUUAGCUUACUCAGCUCCUGAAAUAUUGCUUGGCGAUGCUUACGAUGCUCCCGCUGUGGAUCUUUGGUCCUUGGGAGUCAUUUUAUAUAUGUUAUUGUGUGGGCGGUUGCCAUUUCAAGAAGCAAAUGACUCAGAAACUCUGACAAAAAUAUUAGAUUGCAAAUAUUCCCUUCCAGAUACUCUUUCUUCGCAUGCUCGAUUGUGA